AUGAGAGAGACCCUGGAGGCCCUGAACUCCUUGGGAUUCUCAGUGGGACAGCCCGAGAUGGCUCCCCAAAGUGAGCCCAGGGAUGGGUUCAAUAAUGCCCAGGGGAAGAUGUCAUCUAGGGAGGAGAGCACACUGCACUCAUGCUCAGGGCAUGAGACCCCUUGCCAGAAAGAAGGCAUGCACAUGGAACAAGCUGAAGCUCCUUGCAUGGGCAGCCAGGCCUGUACUCCACAGAAGGCCGAGCCUGUGGGCUCUGUCCCAGGGGAGGAGUGGAUGAUUCGGAAGGUGAAGGUAGAGGAUGAGGAUCAGGAGGCAGAGGAGGAGGUGGAAUGGCCCCAGCAUCUCUCCUUCCUACCCAGUCCUUUUCCCGCUCCUGACUUGGGUCACCUGGCUGUUUCAUACAAACUGGAGCCAGGGACUCCGGGGGCUCUAGGUGGGCUCGCGCUGUCUGGGUGGGCCCCUAUCCCUGAAAAGCCUUAUGGCUGCGAGGAAUGUGAGCGGCGUUUCCGGGAUCAGCUAACUCUGCGACUGCACCAGAGGUUGCACCGGGGCGAGGGCCCCUGUGCCUGCCCCGAUUGCGGCCGCAGUUUCACGCAGCGUGCCCAUAUGCUUCUGCACCAACGCAGUCACCGCGGAGAGCGUCCCUUCCCGUGCUCCGAGUGUGAUAAGCGUUUCAGCAAGAAGGCCCACCUGACCCGCCACCUGCGCACGCACACAGGCGAGCGGCCCUACCCGUGCGCCGAGUGCGGCAAACGCUUCAGCCAGAAGAUCCACCUAGGCUCGCACCAGAAGACCCACACCGGAGAACGGCCCUUUCCCUGCACUGAAUGCGAGAAGCGUUUCCGCAAGAAGACGCAUCUGAUCCGCCACCAGCGCAUCCAUACCGGCGAGAGGCCCUACCAGUGCGCCCAGUGCACACGCAGCUUCACGCAUAAGCAACACCUGGUGCGGCACCAGAGGGUGCACGAUGCUGCUAGCCGCACCCGGUCCUCUCCCGACGCUCCUGCCUCUCCCCAUCCUCCCGCCCCAUCCCCUCCGGGGCCCAAGCCUUUCGCUUGUUCCCACUGUGGCCUGAGCUUUGGCUGGAAAAAGAACCUCGCUACGCACCAGAGUCUGCAUCUCACCGAGGGUCGCCCUUUUGGGUGCGAUGAGUGUGCACUGGGCGCCACCGUAGAUCCCAGCGCCACGGAGCCGUCAGCUUGUGCUCCCCACGCUCCUGACUGUGACCCGGGUUCGGGACCCGCGGCUCCCCAGCGCACCACCUCCGGUGAGCGCUCCUUCUUCUGCCCCGACUGCGGGCGCGGCUUCGCACACGGGCAGCACCUGGCCCGGCAUCGGCGCGUGCACACGGGCGAAAGGCCCUUCGCCUGCGCGCAGUGUGGCCGCCGCUUCAGUCGCAAAUCUCACCUAGGCCGCCACCAGGCAGUUCACACGGGCAGCCGCCCCUACGCUUGUGCUGUCUGUGCCCGGUGCUUCAGCUCCAAAACCAACCUGGUCCGCCACCAAGCAAUCCAUACGGGCUCCCGCCCCUUCUCCUGUUCCCAGUGCGCCAAGAGCUUCAGCCGCAAGACCCACCUUGUGCGACACCAACGUAUCCAUGGCGAAGCGACCCUCCCAGCCUCAGCCUCCAGCCUCUCAGCUCCAGCCUGGCCCAGUUCUUCCGAGGUUGUGACGCCUCCAAUCUUCUUCUAA